UUCACGUACCGUUUCAGUGGCUAGUUUUCGUAUCGAAGGAACCAGAUAGAGGAAGAGAACUCAAAGAUUCUUCCUUUGUUUUUUAAAAAAAUGCAAACUUUAUCUCCACAAUCGCUUCGAUGGAAAUCAAAUCCACUGAUUGUAUCGGAAAGCUAUGUCUUCAAUCCCAAAGCUCUGAACUUUCAACUGUCUUCCCUGAGUUCUCCUCACCGCAGAACUCGAAACUGGAGAAUCAGUAGUUCAUCGGAAGAGAACGCAGCGAACUCGAGCGACGGCGGAGAUUUGAAGAAGUCUCUGUCCGGUAUCGUCGGGAACCAAGUCGAGGAGCUGCUGAGCAGAGAAGAGAACAAGAGUCUGCUUGACGGUCUGGAGAAAGCCUCGAUGAGGGUGGAGACUGCGAAGAGAGAGCUCGCGGAGAUUGAGAGGCAAGAGUUCGAGGCGAAGUUGUUGCAGGAUUAUGUUGAUAAGCUCGAAUCAAGAGCCGCUGAGAUCGCAGAAUGCCAGCAAGAGAUUAUCGCAGCAAGAACAAUGGUUGAGGAAGCGGAACGCUCCUUGUCCUUAGCUGAGACCGCAGCAACAGAAAGUUCAGAAAACGGAUAUUCGAUUGAUAAAGACAAGGAGAGAUUAGAAUCAGCCAAAGCGGCAGCGAUUGCAGCUGCGGUUGGGACCGUUGCGGAAAUCCCUUUUGCUCUUUCUCAAGUCUCGAGCAUUGAGCAGCUUGUUCUUCCCCUAGGAGUAGCGUUUGCAAGCUGUGCAUUGUUUGGGGUCACAUUCAGGUAUGUAAUCAGAAGAGACUUGGAUGAUAGUCAUCUCAAAUCAGGAGCCGUUGCAGCCUUUGGAUUUGUCAAAGGACUUGGUAUGUUAAGCAGAGGACCGCCACUGGAGCUGAGCUGGGAAAGCUUGUUUUCUCAUGGAAUAGACGGCGCCGUUUUGGUGUCUCAGAGCGUCUUGAUAUUUGCGUUUGCGUCUAUAAGUUUGGACUUCUGCUUUAAAUUGAAGCUCUUAAAACCAUUUCCAAGCUCUGCUCAGAUGUAGAAGCAGCAGUUAAAAAGGUAGAAACGCAAAAAAAAAGAAACAACUAUUGUAUAUUUUCUUGAUUAUUAAUUGGAUUUUAAAUGUAAAAUUUCCAUCUUUUAUCACAUUUCUUCAUCAGUAAUCAAUAUAUACAUUUUUCAGA